AUGGCAAGUCCCUUAAGCAAAUCAAUUGCCUUUCCUACCGGACAAAAAUACGAUCAGCCAAUUGGCCUCUAUAUCAAUGGUGAAUGGCGUGAGUCAAAAGACACCAUUGAUGUUAUUAACCCAUCCAAUGGAGAAGUGAUUACCUCGGUCUACGCUGCCCAAGAGAGCGAUGUUGACAAUGCUGUUUCUAGUGCCCGAAAAGCAUUCAAAACUUGGAAAAAGCUAGCUGGAGAAGAGCGUGCAACCUUGAUGAACCGUUUAGCAGAUCUUUUGGAGAAGAACGCGGAAACUGUAGCUGGAAUUGAGGCCUUGGACGCAGGCAAACCCCAGUUCUCUAACGCUCUCCCUGACAUCGAAGGAUCCGUUAGUAUUUUGAGAUACUGCGCAGGUUGGGCUGACAAAAUUUAUGGCAAUGUAAUUCCGUCAGGCCCAGAUAAACUGUUGACGUCGAAAAGGAUUCCCUACGGUGUUGUCAGCCAGAUUGUUCCUUGGAACUAUCCGUUGAAUAUGGCCAUGUGGAAAAUUGCUCCCGCACUGUGUGCUGGAAACUGUAUUGUCAUCAAGUCCUCGGAAUCUUCUCCACUUUCUUUGCUGUACUUUGCUGAACUAGUAAAUGACGCCGGGUUCCCACCUGGUGUGCUAAACAUUAUCAGUGGACUAGGUUCAGUAGCUGGUGCCCGUAUGGCUAGUCAUCCAGAUGUCGAUAAAAUAGCCUUUACUGGGUCCACAAAAACAGGCAAAGAGAUUCAAAAAUUGGCCUCCUCAAAUUUAAAGACUGUUACUCUAGAAUGUGGAGGUAAGUCUCCGUUGAUAGUCUUUGAUGAUGCCAAACUGGAUCAGGCAAUCUAUUGGGCUGCGUUUGGAAUAAUGUACAACACAGGUCAGAUUUGCACGGCAAACUCUCGUGUCUUGGUGCAAGACACAAUCUACGACGAGUUCAUUCAAAAGUUCAAGGCUCAUGUGCAGGAAAACUGGUUCAUCGGGUCUCCAUUUGAUAAGAAAUCCACCAUGGGGCCUGUGAUCAACAAAUCUCAGUUUGAGAAGGUUAAAGGUUAUAUCCAGAAGGGUAAGGAUGAGGGUGCAAAGUUAGUUAUUGGAGAUGAACCAGUUACAUUUGAGAGUGGUUACUGGAUCCAUCCAACUAUUUUUGUUGACUGUACUCAGGAUAUGUCGAUUGUGAAGGACGAGAUAUUUGGGCCCGUAGUUGCCAUCAGUAAAUUCCACUCUCAGGAAGAGGCAAUUGAGCUAGCCAAUGAUACGGAAUACGGUUUGGCAGCUAUGGUUUUUUCUAAGGAUAUUGUCACAGCCAAUACCGUUGCCAGCCAGUUGGAGGCUGGAACUGUGUACAUCAAUUCUUCAAAUGAUGAUAAUAUCCGUGUUCCAUUUGGAGGGUUCAAGAUGAGUGGUACUGGUAGCGAGUUGGGAAUGGAAGGAGUGUUAGCGUACACUAAAAUCCAGGCCAUUCACACUAACCUGACCAGAGAUUAA